AUGGGAAUCGCAAGCAUUGUUUUCGGACGCAUUGUCCCUGUUCUGGUUCUCUUGGUUGCCAUCUUCUUGGGAUGGUUUGCGACCGUGCCAAUGGCGCCUGGCAUUUUCUUUGCUAUCAUGGGCCCAGCCUUCGAAAAGAAAUUGCCCCCUGUGCUCUUUGGACAUGGAAAGAUGAAGGGAACCCCUCCCGUUCCUGACGACAUGAUGCCCGAACCAAGACCAGCUAACGAAAUGUUUCAGAUCUUGCCAAGCGGCGACAAGAUGCCCUCUAGCGGAAUUGGAAUGUGCUGCCGUGGGACAGCUUACGACGACGUUUUGGUCCGUCGGUCCGUCUUGUGGUACCUGCUGCUCGGUGGACGUCACAUUGAUGGUGCACACGUUUACCUCAACCACAAGGCGAUUGGCUUGGGAAUCAAGGAUGCCAUCGAACGUGGGGUUCCGCGUGAAGAAAUAUUUUUCACUACCAAGAUCUUCCCCAAUUUUUAUGGAUAUAACUCUACCUUGGAGACUGUGCCAAAGUGGUUGGACGAAACAGGACUUGAAUACAUUGAUAUGGUAUUGAUGCAUGCUCCAGAUUUGCCACUUGCUCGAAGCGAAUGUAAAAAAGCGGGAAUCUCCAACAAGCAAUGUCGCCAAGACACCUGGAAGGCUUUAUCUGAGCUCAAGGAGAAGGGUAUCAUGCGCAACAUUGGAGUCUCCAACUUUUUGCCCGAGCAAAUGAAGGAACUUCAAGAUUUGAACCUGGAGCCCAUUGCCAACAACCAAUUCCAAUGGAAUGCCUUUGUCCCUGGCGAGCAACAAACCAUCUUUGACUAUUGCGUCGAAAACAACAUUUCUAUUACUGGAUACUACAGUCUUGGUGGAUCCCUCCAAAAAGCACAGGCUUCCACUGUGGAAACGCUUCAAUUAUUGGCCGAAAAGUAUGAAGUUUCUGUCUCUAAGCUCAUGCUGCGAUGGUCGAUUCAACGUGGAACUGCAGUGAUUCCUGGAACUGGAAAUCCCAAGCAUAUGAAAGAAAAUCUACAAGUCUAUGAAUUAGAAAUUAGUUCUGAGGAUAUCCAAGCCAUUAACGAGUUGAGGGACAGUGAAAUUGCCUCCAAGUUCAUGUACAUUGAUCCAAAAAAUUGGGGGGAGUAA